UUCCGGCUGGAGUUGUAAACAGCGGCGAGUCCAAGUUGGGCCGACAGCCCCGGCGGUGGAGGUGGGAUGGCGGGGCUCGGUCUGUCCGGGGUCCCCGGAGCUAGAACAGACACCGGGGCCUGGGAGCCUGGAAGGAGAGGCCUCGGCUGCAGCUGAGCGGGCCGGGCCGGGCAUGGGGAACUGCCUGUCGUCGCAGCGGUCCGGCACCGGGGCAGGAGACGAGGCGGGGGCCGGAGCCUCAGACAACCUGUCGCUUCUCAACGACUCCGGGGACAGGAGCAGUCUCCCCGGGGAAGCGCCGCCGCCGCCGCCACAGCAGCCUCAGCCGCCGCCGCCGCCGCCGCCCCACAGGGGACGGGAGCCAAUCCCAGUGUACCACCCAUCUCCGAGCCAGAGCCGACUGGCCACACAGCUCACAGAGGAGGAGCAGAUCCGCAUCGCCCAGAGAAUUGGCCUCAUCCAGCACCUGCCCAAGGGCAUCUACGACCCUGGCUCUGAGGGGUCCGAAAAGAAAAUGAAAGAGUGUGUGAUCUGCAUGUUGGACUUUGUGUAUGGGGAUGCCAUACGAUUCUUGCCAUGCCUGCAUACCUACCACGUUCAGUGCAUUGAUGACUGGCUCAUGCGCUCUCUCACAUGUCCCUCUUGCAUGGAGCCAGUGGACGCAGCCCUGCUUUCCUCCUAUGAGACAAGCUGAAUUUGGAGCCUGGCAGCCUACAUGUCCCCCGAUCCUACUCAGGUGAGCCCCAGGGGAAAAGCAGCUGCUGGAGCUAGAAAUUUUCCUAUUUGGGGAACUUACCAAAGAAUGCUGAAGCUAGGCUGGUACCUGCUCAAGGUGAUGGUUCCAUCGAUGUCCUUGCCUGAGACAGCUAUUAAUGUCCCUAGCUCAAAAGUUUGACUCUUUCAAGUCAAGUAACUACGGUUUCCUCCCCCACCCCCACCAUGGACUAUUUUUACUGCUGAGUUUUUAAAGAUGAUUUCUCAAAACUCCAUAAUACUGAGCCCUGAAGCCCAGUACCUGAAGCUUCCCUUAGGGGUGAUGGGAGAGGAAGCAUUUUAAAAUCUAAUUCCAGGAGUCAGAUGUCCACUGUGGCUAAAGUUCAGUGACGAUUGGGGUGAGGGUACAGGAGGAACAGAUAAAAUAGCUUGGGCCUUUGCUGGUGGCAACUUUUCCUAACAAACCUGGGAUUUUGUAACUCUUUUAGUCUCUAUUCUCAAUACCUCACUCUUUGCAGGCCCACACCUGUUUGGGUCAGACUCCUGGUCCCUCCCAGGUUGGGUCAACUUUGAUGGGUUCCAGUAUCUCCUCUGUUCUUUCAUAAUCCUGGGGAUUGGGGUAUUCAUCUGUCCUUCCCCUACUCCCUGGACAGGGUGAAUCUUGCUUGCCUUAAAGGCCUUGGUUUAGACCUGAGGACAGUGGGUAAAAUACAUGACCUACUUUGGGAACCAGGGUUCUUAGAUCUGGGGUUUAUUUUUCUUAAGCUAAACUAAUUCUGUGGAGCAGGGAUGCAAAGAGGGAAGCAGCAUGACAUUUCACACAUACGGCUCACCUGAGGAGGAACUACUGCCUUCAACAUAACCAAGAGACACCCCAGGGCACAGCCCUUCUUUCUGCUGGCAGGGGCUCUUCUUGCCCCUGGUAAUUGAGGGUGUCCCCGGGCCACUGUCAAUGUAGGGGGAAGGUGACUAGAGGAGCCUCCUAAAUGAUUAUCUCUGGGCUAGUUCCAGAAGAGAUGAACAGGGCCCCUGAUCAUGUGGAAGACAAGCAAUAAAAUGUGUUGCACAUAAAA